AUGUCCUUGACAUGGUCAUCUCCAGACUAUCCUCUCGAACCAUACAACGGACCGCCACGCAACGUCGCCUACAUCGACCAGCUCAAAUUUGACGAGAAGCUGCAGCCAACGUCAUACAGUAUUGCGGGGACGCAUCCAGAUUCAAGGGUCCUGAUCACAGAUGUCAAGAUCCUUGAUGCUACUGGGCGAGAGCCAUACAAGGGAGACGUGCUGAUUACGGGCGAACGAUUCACACAUGUUGGCACGGUACCGAACAAAGAAGACUUACUCAAAGAUCCCCGCGUCCGUGUCUUCUACGGCAACGGUCGCACCCUGAUACCCGGGCUUGGAGAUGCCCAUACCCAUCUCAGCUGGAACGGAGGCGAUCUUGGUCGGUUGGGCGACCUGGGCAUCGAGGAGCACACACUUCUGACGGCGCGGAGUGCGCGGUGCUUUUUGGAUUCAGGAUACACCAUGUGCUUCGGUGCUGCAGCCGCGAAGAGGAGACUCGAUGUUGUUGUUCGCGAUGCGAUCAAUGCGGGUGAUAUCCCUGGCCCUCGGUAUCUGGCGAAUGGACAGGAGAUGGCCAGACGAGAUGGGGAUUUGGUCCCGGGAAUCACGGCGUAUGCAGAUGGGCCUGAGGAGAUGCGUGAGGUUAUCCGGGAUCACGUUGCGUUGGGCGUGGACCAAGUAAAGCUGUCGAUGUCCGGAGAGUCGAUCACUGAGAUUCGCGAUGCAAUGGACUGCUACUUCAGUGACGAGGAGACGAAAGCGUGCGUGCAUGAAGCUCACAAACACGGCAUCAGACUCUGCGCUCAUGCUCGGGCUCGCGAUUCGGUACGGCAGUGCGUUGAGCACGGAGUCGAGGUUAUCUAUCAUGGAUCAUAUAUUGACGAGGAGGGAAUGGACGCCCUAGAGAAGAAACGGUCACAGCAUGUAGUUGUCCCUGCGAUCAACUGGCUGUACGCCACGCUUUACGAAGCAAGCGCAUUUGGCUACGCCACAGAAGCAGCGGAGAAAGUCGGAUACAAGAAAGAGCUGGAGGCUGCAAUCCGCGGUCUGCGCGAGAUGCACCGGCGAGGGAUUGCCGUUCUCCCUGGCGGAGACUACGGUUUCGCUUGGACUCCUCAUGGCACGUAUGCGCGAGACCUAGAGCACUUCACGAAACUGCUUGGUUUCACGCCCCACGAAGCCAUUAUCGCCGCAACAUACGGCGUCGCCAAGCUCUUCAUGCGCGAGCAUGAAAUGGGCCAGAUCAAGGCGGGGAACUUUGCAGACUGUGUCCUUGUUGAUGGAGACCCGCUGGACGAUAUCACCAUCCUUCAAGACCAUUCCAAGCUGAAUGUGAUUAUGAUCAAUGGGCGGGUGCACAAGGCUGGCAAGAAGGAACUGCUUGCGCCGAAUCUCGUGGCGAGUCAGGAACUCACGCAGCGCAUCACGCAGGCGAUUGAUGAACUGGAGAUUGUGGCGCCUAUGCAGAAGGCUUAUUAG